CACUCUACAUAAUAAUAAUAAUUGUUAGAGAUAUGCGUGUGUUCUAGAGAAAGAGAGAGAAAAAGAGGUUCCUAAAGAAAAGAAACCAUGGAAGUCAUGAAUUCAAGAAGGAAAGAAGAAGACCAGUUUCAUAUUAUUCAUAAAGUGCCAUCUGGUGAUGGUCCUUAUGUAAAAGCUAAACAUGCUCAACUUGUAGAGAGGGAUCAAGAGGGUGCAAUAGUGUGGUUUUGGAAGGCAAUAAAUGCAGGAGAUAGAGUGGAAAGCGCCCUAAAAGACAUGGCUGUUGUAAUGAAGCAGUUGGAUAGAACUGAAGAAGCCAUUGAAGCUAUUAAGUCUUUUAGGUGCCUUUGUCCCAAAAGUGCACAAGAAUCUCUUGAUAAUGUCCUCAUUGAUUUGUUCAAGAAAUGUGGUAAAGUAGAUGAACAAAUAGCGUUAUUAAAGCAAAAGCUUAGGAUGAUUUACAGAGGAGAAGCUUUUAAUGGAAGACCAACAAAGACAGCAAGAUCUCAUGGCAAAAAGUUUCAAGUCUCGGUCAGACAAGAAACCUCCAGGAUUUUGGGGAAUUUGGGUUCCUACAUGCAAAAGUCCAACUUCAUGGCAGCAGAGGUGGUCUACAAGAAAGCCCAAAUGAUUGACCCCGAUGCAAAUAAGGCCUGCAAUUUGGGACUUUGUCUAAUGAAACAGGCCCGAUAUGAAGAAGCUUGUCCGAUUCUUCAACACGUGGUCCGGGGGGAGAUUCCAGGAUCUGAUGACAUCCGGGCCAGAAAUCGGGCUCAAGAGCUUUUGAUGGAGAUGGAAAAAUGUCGGCACAUGUCUGAGUUAUUGCCUGCCCUUCCUGGACUGGAUCUAGAUGAUGACUUUGUUAAUGGGCUUGAAAAGUUGAUGAAUGUAUGGGCCCCAAGUAGGUCAAAAAGGCUGCCCAUAUUUGAACAAAUUGAAAGCUUUAGAGACCAAUUAGCUUGUUAAAAUCUUUAUAUAUUUUUAUUUGUAAGGUUUUUUUAAAUGUGUGAAAUAAAUGAGCUAAAGCUCAUAACUGUAAAGUUUUAGCGGUAAUUGUCGGUGCUAUUAUCAGUUACGGCUGCUUUACUUUUUUUUAAUUGCUUGUGAUGUAAAAAAUAUAUGUACAUAGACCAUAGUUAGCAGAUUCGAUGUAAAUUUGAAUAUUUGAUCACAAGUUGUGUAAA